AUGGAAUCUGCCUUCCUCUUUGGAUUUUUUGUCAAACGCGUUAUAGGUAUGGCAUGGGCUUCCACCCUCAACAAUUGGGUGUGUCUGGUGCUGAUUUUGCCGUGGCAUAUUGAGGCGGAGAUCAGACAGACCAGGUACUGGUCAGAGCCUGUGAAGACACCACCAGCGUUGUACUAUUUUUAUGCCUUUUUAGCUAUCUUCAUUGUUUUCAUUUGUUUUUUCAUUCGUUACUGUCGUCGUUGCUGCCGAGAGGCAAACGACGAUGCUCCUCCACAGGCGUCGGAGGCGCAACAGGCUCCUCCACCUGUGGAGCCACACCAUGAGCCGAGUGUCAUUGUCGACACAUUUCUAUUGAUCCCAUUAUGGGAUGAGAGAUGUGGAGAUUUUGACACAUGUGCUAUAUGUACGGCCGAGCUUGAUGAGGUAAGACUCUUACGAGUUCUUCCUUGCGGCCACAUAUAUCACCAUGACUGCAUCCUUGACUGGAUGUUGACGGGUGCUCUUCAGUGCCCAUAUUGUCGAUACGACAUAGUUCUAUAG